AUGCACUGUGAAGAUUCCAGUGGGAAGGUACCAUCACCCCUCUGGGCUUCCCAUGGCUUGAGGAGGGUGGAUGUUUUGGGAGUAUGGAGGAGUGCAACAAACCCAUGGCCAAGGUGCUGGGUGAGGCUGGGAUGCAGGAGAAGAUCCUGCUGGCCCAUCCCCUCCAGAAGAGGGGGUGCAGGCGGUGCCCCCCACCUCCACCCUCCCAGCAGCACCCGCAGCGCUGCCACCUCCCGGAUUAGCGAGCCCGAUUGCCAAACCUCGCUGGGGCAGAGAUUGCCAAACCGGCUGUGGAGAGCGGUGGGGGUGGAGGGGCUCAGCGUGGGCAGCGUCCUGCUGACCGGCUGCGAUGGGGGGCUGGGCCUGGGGCUACUGAAGGGGUUGCUGGAGCAGCCCAGCCCACCUCGGCACAUCUUCGCUGCUUGCCUGGACCCCCAGGGCAAGGCUGUCAACGAGGUGGCUUUGGGCUUUCCCAACGUCAUGAUCCUGCCUCUAGAUGUGACAGACCCCAACAGCAUCAAGGCAGCAGUUGGGAAGGUGCAGGAGGAGGUGGGAAAUGCUGGCCUCAACCUCCUGAUUAACAACACCAGCACCACACGCCGCAGCACCUUGGCCACUGAGACAGCAGAGAACAUGAGCCUCGUCUACACCACCAACACCAUCGGGCCCCUGCAGACAAGCCAGGCCUUCCUGCCCCUGCUGAAGAAGGCAGCUGAAGCCACAGGGCAGCGUGAGAUGAGCUGCAGCAGAGCUGCCAUCAUCAACAUCUCCAGCAUCCUGGGCUCCAUCGAGGUUGCAGAGGCCUGGGAGGAGAGGCAGGACAUCUGCUACCGCUGCAGCAAGGCUGCUCUGAACAUGCUCACCAAGUGCCUGGCUCUGGAGUACGGGAGCAGUGGGAUCCUCUGUGUGUCUGUGGAUCCUGGACAUGUGACACCUCCCUUGGAACAGGGGAUGGGCCCGGUGACACUGGAGGAGAGCGUGCGGGGCGUCCUGCAGCUGCUGGCCCAGCUCUCAGCCACCAGCAAUGGCACCUUCUGGGACUGGAGAGGGCAGAGGCUGCCCUGGUGA